AUGGCCACCACUUACAAGCGCUCAGGAGAAUUGCCCUUCACUCGUCGAGCCUGGAAUUUUGUUCUGGGUCAAAAGGACACCAAAGUGACCUCGGCAAACGGUGACCAUGUCGUCAAUGGUACGCCUCCUCGUGCUGCCAAGAGACGGCGAAUAGAUUCCGAUCCAGAGGCUGGCCCACGCGGUGCAUUCGCUCGCCUUCUCCCCGAAAACCCAAGCGAUUUCGAAAAGGUUCUGAAAAUUCAAGUCCUCCGUAUCAGUCAUAGGGACGCGUGCGGCUCGAACCGCUCGAACCCUGACGAUGGUUCUACUGAGCAGAAGGACAUUCCCAUCAUACCAGCUCGCUGCAAAAUCAUGAUUUUCAGGCAUAAUCCGCCCACGGAAAAACGCAUACUGCAUUGCGACAGUCAGACAUGCAACGUCAAGGUCUUCCGAGACGACGACGAUAUCUGUCGAAGUGCAAGAGUGUAUCUGCCCACACCGUUCAUCGUCCCGGCCGAGAAGCUCUACGUUUGGCGGUACGAUGACGACGUCUUCACUUUUCUAGAUCACUACUCAAUUACUGCUGAACUGGAGUCGGCUGGAGAUCCCAGCUGGCCGCCUUUUGAGUUGUUUCCCAAGAUGGAGCGCCGUACCUUUGACUAUCCUCCACACCAUUGGGCUCUCGCAUCACAUAUCAACUAUAGACUGAGCGAAAAAGGUCAUAUAUUGAAUCCCGUCAACAUCAGGAAGCAGCCGGGUAAAGAAGAAGAGCUUGAUAUGAUGUUACGUGUAUGCUUUGAAUGGUCUACAAAUCAUACAACUGCUAGCACUGCAAGAGCUGGGGAGGCGUUUAUUUCAACGGACAGGAAAGUCCCUCUGGCCAAUGGGGCGUUGGAACCGCUCACGAAUGGCCAUGUUAAUGGCAGAGUCGAACAACCCACCAACGGACAUCCGAAGGACAACAAUGACGGGCUGGUGGAUGAGGACGAAGAUCACGGAGAUGCCAAUACGCCCAGUCGGUCCUUGAGGACGAGGGAGAAACAGAACUACAACCUGAAACUCCUGAGUGACAAGGCGCGCGGCAAGGAACGGAAGGAGAGAAAGCAACGCAAGUUGACCAAUGCCGCCAAUGCCGCCAACGAGACAGGUCAAGUUACUUGGAUAUUGCCACGGACGGGGCAUGUCCCUCUGAAGGAGUACCAAUGCAUUCGCUGCUAUGCUGCUCACUCGUCCAUGGCUCAGCUGGUGAGACAUGUCGAGGCUCACAGAGAGUACAAAUUCACCUUUGACAUGAACGGCUUCCGCAUCUGGAUCACCCUUCAUGGUCAAGAGACGCCGCGUCAGUCCAAGUCCGCCGUACGGGAUCUCUCGAGCCCGGAAGGGCACGAAACGGAUGAAGACCACGAGGUCUCACCGCAGAAACUACCCAGAACUUUGGUUCAACACGAGCCAACGAAGCCCUUGCGAAUGCCUAGUUUUCAAAGGCCCAAGGAUACGAGGCAGCGAAUCCCCAUUAUCAAGCAGCCCAUAUACGACCGGCUUAGCAAAUCUUUGCUUGAGCCUGGAUCUCUCGUUGACCCGCCUAAGGUUGACGACACAUGGCUUGUACAGAAGCACCGUGACAUCAUCCGGGAUUACAGCGACGUACAUCAAGAUGAGAAGGAGUAUAUCUCCAAGUGGGACGCUUUCGUGAAUAAGGAAUGUGUCACUUCGGAGCCUCACCUCCAGGAGGUCUACAUUCGAUUCGUCCAAACCAAGGCUUCAUGGCUGGUUGCAUCGCAGAGCCGCAUGACUGAGUGGUCCAAACACCUAGGCUAUCUAAAAACACGCAGUGCUUUGACAGAACCUACGAUCCUCGAGGCGCUCGCCAUUGUGCGACGGGCGAGAUCGGAAAGGCGACCCGAUCAGCCUGAGGCCCCGAAGGCGUCCCCUCCGAGAGCUGGUUAUCGCAAAUCGGUAUCGGGAUGUGCCGUUUGUGGCCAACCAGUCCGGGGUCCGUCCACGCUGAUCUGCUCAAAUCUGGAUUGUGACAGGCCUCUUUAUCAUGUCGGAUGCAUCAAGGAAGAUGCAACGGAACCGGUCGACAGCCGAAAGUGGCGCUGCAAUGUCUGCCACAAGUGA